GGUAUUCAAGAGAGACAGGUGGCUACAUAGAUCAGAUGCUAGCACCAAUAGCAGAACUGGCCUCCAUGGCCUCCACAGCCAGUGACCAAAAGCAGUUUUUUGGGUUCAGCCACAUAAACCAUGUCCAUGAUGUGGAAGAUGCUGGAGCAAAUAGCAGAACUGGCCUCCGCUGCCUCCACAGGUUAUCACUUGAAGAGUCUGAAUGAGAUGACAAUGUAAGAGAUAUAUAUUCUCCUGGCUGACUGCAUUCUGUCAUUU